AUGAAACACUUUUUAGUAAGGUCAACAGCACAAGCUCUUCUCCGCAGAAGCCGGAACUUCUCAACUGCAGCGAUCGCUCAGCCGAGACACCGGCACGGCGACGGCGCGUAUGGAAGCUUCUACUUGCAGAGGAUGUCUACUCUGCCAGAGAAAAAAGAUCAGCAGCCAGAGGAGAACAAGAACAAAAAACGAGAUGGAACUGAGUGGCCAUGGAACUGUUUCAUGCCAUGGGAAAGUUAUAGCUCAGAUGUAUCAAUAGAUGUCACCAAGCAUCAUGUCCCAAAAACAUUAGCUGACAAGUUUGCUUUCAGAUCUGUCAAGUUUCUAAGGGUUCUCUCCGAUUUGUAUUUCAAGGAACGGUACGGAUGCCAUGCAAUGAUGCUGGAAACAAUUGCGGGUGUCCCUGGAAUGGUAGGAGGGAUGCUUUUACACUUGAAAUCUCUGAGAAAAUUCCAACACACUGGUGGUUGGAUCAAAGCAUUACUCGAGGAAGCAGAGAAUGAGAGGAUGCAUUUGAUGACAAUGGUUGAGCUUGUGAAACCAAAUUGGCAUGAGAGGCUUUUGGUUAUUACAGCACAAGGUGUUUUCUUCAAUGCAUUCUUUGUGUUUUACAUUCUCUCGCCGAAAACAGCGCAUAGGUUUGUUGGUUAUUUAGAGGAAGAGGCUGUGAUUUCAUAUACACAGCAUUUAGAUGCAAUUGAAAGUGGUAAAGUUGAAAAUGUACCUGCUCCUGCUAUUGCAAUUGAUUAUUGGAGACUUCCUAAGGAUGCAACACUUAAGGAUGUUAUUACUGUUAUUCGUGCUGAUGAGGCUCAUCAUAGAGAUGUCAAUCACUUUGCUUCUGAUAUUCAUUAUCAAGGAAAGGAAUUGAAAGAGGCUCCAGCUCCUGUUGGCUAUCAUUGA